UCAUCGGGGAGUCCCCGCCAAGAUUCUUUUUUUUUCAUGACUAAGCGUUCAAUCUUUAUGCCACAAUACUAACGAAUAGUGUUUGUCUAAUGAAACAUCACCCUGCGGUUAUUGAUAUUCUGGCUGGUCUGCAAUAAUGUCAUUGUCUGGCAAGACACCAGUGCAGGUCAUUGAUGAGAGUGUACUGUACGAGGAGUUGGAAAACUGCAGCUGCUUCAAGUUCAUCGCCUUCAAAGAGCUGCGGAUGCCAUUCAGACAUACUGGUUUCCUGUUGUUUUUUGAUAAUGUCCCCAAAUACACCAUUAAUGUCAGGACAGAGGACGACUCAUGGUCUCACUGGCUGCAGAGUCUGGUGGUGGCGCCGGGCCGUACCACCGUCGAGUCAGCAGAGUCCCUGGGCAACGUCAAGUAUGUGGGCCGUCCGGUGGUGCACGUGCUGAACUCUGAUGAGGAGAGGGUUGCGGCCCGCUCCGACCUGAAAACCAUGCUGGAGCCCAAACGGUGGUACUCUCUGCUGUGGCAGAACUGCCGUAACCACGUGCAGGGCAUCAUGGGUCGGCUGGAUGACCGCCACCCGGGCCUGAGGGACGCUGGACACCGAGAACUGCAGCAGAUCCACGCUGAAGACUGGACACUUUUGACUGUCAUCGGCCUGCUGGUCAUGAUUCCGAUAGCCAUCGUGCUCAAGAGAUAAGUUGCGGACUCUUCCGACUCGGCUCCACUCACCCGGUCACUGAGCACGAUACUACGAACAAAGAUAUUGAUCUGACACUUGAUACCAGUUGAUCAUCUGGCUAUCUGUUCUGCUGAUGCCAGUUUUUUAUGAGUCCCAGGCUGUCACCGACGUGCCGUGUUCGAUACCACGUAGAGAUGCCAGUCCGGUGCUGAUUUCUGAUGAUUUGAUAAGGCCAGUAAACGAGAUGCUGUCUUGUCUUGUGACCUGCCGGCCUCUUGUGCGCUGCGAUCUCGAUGUUGGCCAGUAGCAAAAGAGCGGGGUAAGGGUGGGGUAGAUACUCUUCACCCGAUAAUCUCAUGCCUAAUGUACACCUUUGGCCCAGUAAUGUCAGCGUUCGAAUGCUGCAAUUAUAAUUUGGCAAAAUUAAUACCCGUCGAAAUCAAUGACUUUUCAUUGCGCCCGAGACAAUCUCAGACGAUUGGGUUAAGUAUUUAACACGGUUUAUUAAUCAGCUUACUUUUUCUUCGCCUUGCUUCGCCUGCCCACUUGCCUACCCUGUCCUUAGCGCUGUGUUUAAGAUAAGUAUCUGUAUAUGUGACCUUUCUUCGUUAGUUUUUAAGCCACAUCGCCAAGUGCGAUACUGUUAGUAAGGAAUCUGUUGAAAGUAUCGUAAAGUAUCGUUUCACAUCACCGACGACCCGAGCGCUGUUUGGUGUCUAUAUUUUUAGCAACAUUUUAUCAGUUUUCCCCAGUAUUGAAGUUACUGUCUAGCCCAAGGUCUGGCCUUUCUCGGCCUUUUAUCGGUCAGCCCAAGUGAGUUUCACCAAUGGGAAGCCGGAAAACGCCAGCAGUCUGAAAAAUAACGACACUGGGCAGCGCUCAAGUGCAUUUAGUUCCGUCAUAUCCGCUGGUUGUGAGUCGCUUCUCGCGACAUCAAUAGGCACAUGUGGUAAGUUCUUCCUGACAGAAAAUAUGAAAAACGGGGCCUCGUUCGAUGUCUUCAGUGCCUCCUAGAUCUGCCAUGCUGCCAGUUUAUUGGGCGCCUGAGACUGAGCUCAUGGAGUUGGUCAAAAUCCACAAGGCUGAUGUAGUCUCUAUUCAUAAUUUUGCUUAGGUAUACCUAUUAUCAAAAGAGUGUAUUUCGGGAAUUAACUAAUCUCGUAUGGACGUAUACAAGUCUCUAGAUAAGCAUAUCAGCAAUCGCAAAUUAUGAUGCAUGUCAUAUAAAAAAAAAUCACUGGUGGCAUGGCGACACCGAACGGGGCCCCUAGGACACCAGGCUCGUUUCCUGGUCGUGACGAUGCUCGUCUCCACUCACCGGAGCGCGAUCAUCGUCAGAUGAUCUGUGAUUGAUCGUGAUCACCGUACUGGCUGGCUUCGUGCCCCGUGAUGACGCUUAAUUUGUACCGCGAAACAGUGAUAUUGGGUGGUGUAAUGCGUGCAUGAGUGGUGUAAAUCGCACAAAGGGGUUUGUCUCACACUCAUGUGCCAGUGCCAGUCAGAGUCACAUCGUUCGAUGUGAUGCUUUGUAUAUACAACUUAGAGCGGGAGUUGCACCAAAGGCCUUGUGUGGUGGAUGCGUCCAUGCGUCCACAUCCUGCCAGUUGGAGGUAAAGGGGAUUUAUGCCACGUGUAUAAGGUGAUCUAGUGUUUUAACUGUUGACUGCGACUCAGGACAAAUUUUGGGUCUGCAUAUCGGCACUCAAAUCGGUCUCACUCAGUAUGGGGCGUCACAUCAACACUCAACAGGCCAGGUUGCAUUUAAUGCCUCACGGUACAACUUGGAUCAUUAAUGAAAGUGGUCUUUCGCCGUCAAACUUCAAUGGUAUACCAAAGCGAAGAUCAACCGUGUAACCGUCUUCAUGCAUAAUGUGUCAGCGUCGGUACGAAGUCGCCUGCUAGGAACAAAUUCUGCUAUAUUUCCAAGAAUUUGAUUCCUAAAACUAGGUAGUAAGUUCUCACUUCUCGCUCUUUGAACUUUUGCUUAUUAGUUAUUUGCUCCCUGUGAAUGUUGGUGAUGAAACAUCAAUCGCUUGUAUUUUUGGCGUGUAUUUUUUCUUCGAAGUGGCAGAUCUGUGGUCUUCGCCUGUUGAGAGGAGUUCCUUUCUGUAAAUUAGUGCAGUUCUGGUGAUGGACUGGCUUCAGUUGUUCAACCCGAUGCAAUACAUGCUAAUCGCUCUUUCACCCA